AUGAUGGAGAAAAACUCAAAGGAUGCAGAUAGCGGCUUGGCUCUCUUUAGAAAUAUGUAUGACAAGUACCGAGAUGCAUUUCUGAACCACCUGAACGAGUAUGCCCUGGAAGAGGAAAUCAAGCAACACAUCACCAAGUACUACAAAGUCAUGUUUGAUUACAACUGCUUGGGGGGAAAAUACAACAGGGGAAUAUUAGUAAUUCUCAUUUACGAGUAUGUGAAGAAUAGGGACAUCAACAGCAGCGAGUGGGAGAAGGCAGCCUGUUUGGCGUGGUGCAUAGAAAUCCUGCAGGCCUCCUUCCUAGUGGCGGACGAUAUCAUGGACAAAGGAGAGACGAGAAGAAAAAAAUAUUGCUGGUAUCUCUUAAAAGACGUGGAGACGAAGAACGCUGUGAACGACGUGCUGCUCUUGUAUAACUCGAUUUACAAGCUGAUCGAAAUAUACCUGCGGAACGAGAGUUGCUACGUGGACAUCCUUUCAACCUUCAGAGACUCCACGCUCAAAACAAUCAUCGGGCAACACCUCGACACGAAUAUCUUUUCAUACAAGUACAAUGACAUGAAGCGAGAGAUUGACGUUAGCAGUAUAAACGCCCCAGAGGAGGAAGUCAUUAAUAUUAAUAUGUUGAAUUUCAAGGUGUAUAAAAAUAUAAUUAUUCACAAGACGGCCUAUUACUCCUUCUUUCUGCCCAUUGUUUGUGGCAUGUUACUAGCGGGAAUUGCAAUGGACAAUUUGAUUUACAAAAAAAUUGAAGACAUCUCCAUGUUAAUGGGCGAGUACUUCCAGAUCCAUGACGACUACUUGGACGCGUUCGGUGACAGCAAGAAGACAGGCAAGGUGGGCUCGGACAUUCAGAACAACAAAUUAACGUGGCCCUUGAUAAAGACCUUUGAAGUAUGUUCCGAAUCGGACAAAAUAAAGAUUGUAACAAAUUACGGAAAGAAUAACUCAGCUUGUGUAAAAAUCGUCGAGGGCAUUUAUGAGCAGUACAAGAUUAAGAAGCACUACGAGGAUUACGAAAAGGCUCAGAAGGAGAAAAUAUUGAGGUAG